UAAAUAAUAAAACCUAUAACCGGAGAACAAAUUGUCUUUUUUCUUUUCUUUUCCUUUACAGUGGGUUUGUGAAGAACUAGCGAUCGUCCCCCCCUUCGCAAAUCUCCAAGAGUAAACCAGUCAUGGAUCUCUCUCCUGUUACCGAUGCUUUAGCCGUCAAAUCCUUUGAUAAAAUCGCCGACAUCUGCGAUACUCUCAUGCUUCAGGUCUCUGCCGAAGGAAUCUCAUUCCAGGAUGACUGGCCUUACGCAAUCCAUCUUCUCGGUUACUUCUACCUUGACGAUUGUGAUAGUGCACGUUUCCUAUGGAAAACAAUACCUACGAGUGUGAAGGAGAGCAAGCCUGAAGUUGCUGCUGCUUGGAGGAUUGGUCAGAAGCUCUGGACACGUGACUAUGCUGGUGUAUAUGAAGCUAUCCGGGGUUUUGAUUGGAGUCAAGAUGCUAAAGAUAUGGUUGCUGCUUUCUCAGAUGUUUACACAAAAAGGAUGUUUCAGCUUUUGUUGUCUGCCUACUCCACAAUUACCAUCCUUGAUUUGGCUCUUUUCCUAGGGAUGACAGAAGAUGAUGCCACUACUUAUGUUGUGGAGAAAGGAUGGACAGUGGAUGCAGCAUCUCAAAUGGUGACCGUGAAGAAGCAAGCGAUUAAAAGAGAGCAAAAGGUGGAUUCUUCGAAGCUGCAACGCUUGACAGAGUAUGUGUUCCACCUUGAACACUAAACUCUCCUAUUUUAGAAAAACCGAACCAGAUUCUUUUUCAAAGAGACGGCUUUAGUAGUUUCAGUUUUAGUUUUUUUUUAUUAUGGGAGAUUUAUUUCAAAAGUUUGUAAUCUCUGUUUUAGUACACUCUGAUAUGAUGAGCUGAUUUCGGUGUUAAA